AUGAACUACGGCUACGAGAACAACCAGUAUACGACCUCGUACGGCGCCGCCGGAGGGGCGGACGGAGGCGGAUUCGUGGCGGGGGAGCCGCAAAGCAGUCCUGCUCAAGGGAGAGGCGGCUACGGCAAAGACACCGUCCGGCCCAUGACCAUCAAACAGAUCCUCGACGCCCAACAACCGCACCCGGACGCUGAUUUCAAAAGUGACGGCGAAGCAUUCAGUCAGGUAACAUUCGUAGGCCAAAUCCGCAGCAUCUCGACCCAGCCCACGAACAUCACGUACAAGAUCGACGACGGCACCGGCCUCAUCGAAGCCAAGCAAUGGAUCGACGUCAACUCGGCCGAUUCCGAGUCCUCGAAAAUGGACCUCGACAACAGCAACAAGCCAAAACUCGUCGAGGACGGCUACUGCCGUGUCUGGGGCCGGCUCAAGGCGUUCAACAAUAAGAGACACGUCGGCGCGCACAUCAUCCGCCCCAUAACAGACUACAACGAGAUCCACUACCACCUCCUCGAAGCGACGGCCGUGCAUUUGUUUUUCUCGCGCGGACCCCCGUCAAACCUCAACGGCAAUGCCCAGGCAAAUGGCCAUGGAAAUGCCCACCACGGCGCUGGGGGUGCUGGUCUCGCUCAAAGCGCGACCGCUGACGCCCAGCUAAGCCAUAUCUCGCCCUUGGGACGACGCAUCCUGGCCACGCUCAAGAACACGCCGCAGUCGAACGAGGGGCUGCACGUCCAGAUGAUUGCGAGUCACAUGGGGGUGUCGACGAACGACGUGUACAAGGGGGCGGAGGAGCUGGUUGCCGCGGGGGUCAUUUUCACGACGGUGGACGACCAUACGUGGGCGGUGUUGGAUGGGUAG